AUGUCUGUGCCUUUCAAACGAGGGCUCUCGGCCUCUUUACGUGUGAACUUGAAGCUGAGUCGUGCAUUCCACUCUAGCCCCGCCAAAUGUCUAGAAUAUGUGCCUUCCCGUGACCAGCUUCCUGCUACGCCUGUGGUCGUGGGCCCCAUGCAAAAGUCUCGCCUUCGUGAACAUUACGAGCGCACUCUUGCGGCGGAUAUGAUGUACAUGAUGUAUGAUCCCGAGGGCGCAUCCAAGUCUGUCAAGGACUCGCCAGAACUGGGACAAAGCGACGAUCCUAGGGCGCGUGUCCGCACGUGGUCUGGCGAAUCGCCAUACCAUUUCGGUCGCUCGGCUCGCGCUCAGAAAGGUAAUCGACCCCUUGUACCUCUUCACAAGCCGAUGAGCGCAUCGCGACAUAUCGAACAUGACAUUCCGCGCUUGGAGCGCGUCGUAUUUACAUCAUUCUGCCGCGAAGCAAUCACGAAUAAGCAGGCUUUGCUCCCCUUGCUAGGCCAAAUGCGUGCUAUCACUGGCCUGCCUAUUCUAGGCUCUCUGGCAGACCCGUCUGUGGGUGGAUCUCCGGAGACUGCGGGUGCAGGAGCACCAAACGGAUAUGUGCAUGUUCUGCGCGCCAAGAAAGGUGCUGCUUCUUUCAAGCUCCGUGCGGGAAUGCCGGUUGGCGCACAGGCAGUCAUGUACGGCGACUCAGCCUACGAGUUUAUCGAGUCGCUCACCAUGUUUGUUCUGCCCCGUUUGCGUGGCUUUGCGGGGCUGCCUUUGCCUCCGUCGAGUCAGCCACUGCUCAGUCCUGCGGCUGUUAGCGGCGUGGUUAGCUUUGGUAUGGGCCCAGAGGCGAUGCCGCUCUUCCCCCAAGUGGAAAUCAACUUGGAUCAAUACCCCGGCCGUCGCUACGGAUUCCAAAUUGACUGUGUCACAAACCAGCGCGGUCGCCGGGCUACCGAGCGUGCUCGAACCCUUUUGAGUGGUCUCGGUCUGCCAUUCGUGCGCCGUGGCACUAUCGCAUUGUAG